CUGGGACAGGGCCUGAGCGAGCCGCCCACGGGACGAUGAUGGGGAAGGAGGAGGAGAUCGUGCGGAUCGCCAAGCGGCUGGACAAGAUGGUGACCAAGAAGAGCAUGGAUGGAGCUAUGGAUCUGCUGAAGGAACUGAAAAGCAUGCCAAUUACUCUAGAUUUGCUUCAGUCUACCCGGAUUGGGAUGUCUGUGAAUGCAUUGAGAAAACAGAGUACUGAUGAUGAAGUUAUCUCACUUGCUAAAUCUCUCAUCAAGUCAUGGAAAAAACUGCUGGAUGCCUCAGAAGAUAAAAAUGAUGAGAAGAAAAGGAAUUCUUCCUUGGCAACAUCUUCGAAGGAUGCCUCUGACACAAAAGAUCAAAGCUCCAACAAAAAACAAGACCCACCGAGGACUCUAUCCACUCCGAAAAUUACCACCUUUCCUCCUAUUCCCAUCACCUGUGAUGCUGUUCGUAACAAAUGUCGAGAAAUGCUGACAGCAGCCCUUCAGACAGACAAUGACCAUAUUGCGAUUGGUGCAGACUGUGAGCAUUUAUCUGCCCAGAUUGAAGAAUAUAUCUACCAAGAUGUCAAGAAUACAGAUAUGAAAUACAAAAACCGAGUGAGAAGCCGGAUCUCCAACUUAAAGGACUCUAAAAACCCUGACUUGAGAAAGAAUGUUUUGUGUGGAGCAAUCACACCAGAACAGAUUGCUGUGAUGACCUCUGAGGAAAUGGCCAGUAAUGAACUAAAGGAGAUCAGGAAAGCCAUGACCAAGGAAGCCAUCCGAGAACAUCAGAUGGCAAAGACAGGGGGCACCCAGACAGAUCUUUUUACCUGUGGAAAGUGCAAGAAAAAGAAUUGCACUUACACUCAGGUUCAGACUCGAAGCUCUGAUGAGCCUAUGACCACCUUUGUUGUUUGCAAUGAGUGUGGAAACCGUUGGAAGUUCUGUUGAGACUUUGCAGAAUGGGACAGCAACCACUGAGCCAGGAUGGGUCCACCCUCACGUUCUCUAGCUUCUAAAGCAGUUCUGUGCUGUCUUCCCCAAGUUUCCUUUGUUAUGAACACAUCCAAGAAUGGGGCGCUGCUGUGCCGAAGGCUUAACCUCGACCUCCACAUAUGCUCCAAUGAAAUCCAUCAGCUGUUAGGGGCCCCAGGAGGGCGGGCAGAGAGCCUGUCCACACAGCCUGGCCAUUUCAAUGGUCUCAUUCCAGUAUGUAUCAUUAUUUGUUUGUUUUCUUCCAAGUAAUAAUAAAACAUUUCCUUUUUGUCACUUUCUGCCA